AUGGACGGCGGUGACAGCAAUACUUGCCCGUUGCGAGAGCAGCUUGGAACCAACGUGGCCUCUGCGAAGGUCUCCGCGGAGAUCUCCGAAGGGGCGCGGCUUGGAGAGGCGUUCGCCAGCGGCCUGAUCUACUGCACGGCCAGCCUGCCGCUGGACAUCACCAAGACGCGCAUUCAGAACAUGAAGCCGGACCCCGCCACAGGUCAGAUGCCAUAUUCUGGCAUGUUGGAUGCGCUGGUCAAAGUUGUGCGGGCAGAAGGAGCCCUCGCGCUCUGGAAGGGCUUCCCGCCGUAUUUCCUGCGCAGCGGCGGGCACACCGUGUUCAUGUUCCUGUUCAAGGAGCAGUACACGAAGAUGUACAAGAGCGCGCGAGGGACGUGA